AUGUCCAAACAUUGUUCUUUUAUUACAAAUUGUUCAGAAUUAACUAGACAACGAAGAAAUGAUGAAAAUAAUAAUAAUGGAAUAUUGGAGGAAAUAGAAAUAUUAAAAACUUUAAUUAAAUUAAAUAGAAAUAAAAGAAAUAUUCCUUCUUUAAUUUUUGAAAAUAAUUGUAAUAAACAAAAAGAAAUUUUAAAUGAAGAAGAAAAUAAUUGGUUAUGGUGUAUUUCUUUAACUGAAAUGUUUAUUGUUUGUGUUUGUUGUGGGUAA